ACGCAAAUCUAAUUCACACCUUCAAUUUCCAUCCUCACAAUUCACAUACAGCGAGAGAAAGAAAGGGGAAAGAGAGAGAUUGGAGAAUAGAAACAAGUUCAUCAACAAUAACAAAAACAACAACGUAAACAAAGUGAAAACCAAAAAUAAACAAAAUAAAAACAAAAAAACUGACAUAUAAAUAUAAAUCAAAACCCUUUCUCCAAUCCUCUGCAUCAAAUCCCAUCUUAGAUCUAUCCAGGAAUCCAAUCAAUGGGCGACGUGUACUGCUCGGAUUGCAAGCGAGCGACGGAGGUGGUGUUCGAUCAUUCCGCCGGAGACACGGUGUGCUCGGAGUGCGGUCUUGUGUUGGAAUCGCACUCGAUCGAUGAGACCUCCGAGUGGAGGACCUUUGCCAAUGAGUCCGGCGAUAACGACCCGGUUCGUGUUGGUGGUCCCACCAACCCACUUCUCACCGACGGAGGCCUCUCCACCGUCAUUUCGAAGCCUAACGGCGUCACCUCCGACUUCCUCUCCUCCUCCCUCGGCCGCUGGCAAAAUCGCGGCUCCAACCCCGAUCGAUCCCUCAUCUUAGCCUUCAAGACCAUUGCGACCAUGUCCGAUAGGUUGGGCUUGGUUGCAACGAUAAAGGAUCGAGCCAAUGAGAUAUUCAAGAAGGUAGAAGAUCAAAAAUCUAGUAGAGGAAGAAACCAGGACGCAAUUUUGGCUGCUUGCCUGUACAUAGCUUGUCGGCAAGAAGACAAGCCACGCACUGUUAAGGAAAUCUGCUCUGUUGCCAAUGGAGCGACAAAGAAGGAAAUUGGCCGAGCAAAAGAAUACAUAGUGAAACAGCUAGAGCUUGAGAUGGGUCAAUCAGUGGAGAUGGGUACUAUACAUGCUGGGGAUUUUAUGAGACGCUUUUGUUCAAAUCUUGGUAUGAACAAUCAAGUAGUUAAAGCCGCCCAAGAAGCUGUCCAGAAGUCGGAAGAGUUUGAUAUAAGGAGGAGCCCUAUAUCAAUUGCAGCUGCCGUCAUUUACAUUGUAACACAGCUUUCGGAUGAUAAGAAGCCCCUCAAAGAUGUUUCAAUUGCAACCGGAGUUGCAGAAGGGACAAUCAGGAAUUCAUACAAGGAUCUUUAUCCCCAUAUUUCAAAGAUAAUACCAAGCUGGUAUGCCAAGGAGGAGGACCUAAAGAACCUCUGCAGUCCUUGAAUUGAGAAGUUGAGAGCAAACACAAUAGCGGGAAAAAAGUCAUUUUGAAAUUGGUAAGGGAUUGGUAAGGGAUUGAUUUGUUUUGGAUUUUGUGAUGAAGGACAUACAAAUAAGUUCUAGUUUUUUUUUCUUCCCUUUUUUUCAAUGGUUGAGAUUACAUUUGAGUCUUGAAUUCUCCCUGAAUUAGCGGCAUAAAUUAAUAUCAAUUUUUAAGUAAAAUGCAAAUUGUAAA